CCUCGCGCCUCGGCUCCGCCUCGCCUCGCCAUGGUGGAGCAGGGAGACGCGGCGCCGCUACUGCGCUGGGCCGAGGGCCCCGCGGUCUCUGUGCCGCAGGACCCCGCGCUGCAGGCGGGAGGAUGGGCUCGGGGCGGCGGUGGGAGCGGCCGAGCGGCCGCGGAAGCACCCCGAAGGCGGGAACCCGACGAGCCAGCACCCCCCGAAGUGCUGCUGCAGCCCGGGCGUCUGGAGCUGGGCGACGUGGAGGAGGACCAGGUGGUGGCUGUGUUCGUGGUCACCUUCGAUCCCCGCUCGGGAAACAUGGUAGAAUGGUGCUUACCACAAGACAUUGACCUUGAAGGUGUCGAGUUCAAGUCUAUGGCCAGUGGGUCCCAUAAAGUUCAGUCUGAUUUCAUCUAUUUUCGAAAGGGGCCCUUCUUUGGCCUGGCCUGCUUUGCCAACAUGCCCGUAGAGAGCGAGCUGGAGCGUGGCGCACGGAUGAAAUCUGUGGGUAUCCUCUCUCCAUCCUACACACUGCUGUACCGCUAUAUGCACUUCCUGGAGAACCAGGUUCGACACCAGCUGGAGAUGCCGGGACACUACUCUCAUCUGGCUGCAUUCUAUGAAGACAAGAAAGGGGUGCUCCACGCCGGCCCCGGAAGGGGCGGCAGCCUGCCACCCGUCUACUGGCUGCCUUCCAUCCACCGCUACAUGUAUCCCGAGAUGAAGAUCACACACCCGGCUGGCUGCAUGUCUCAGUUUAUUAAGUUCUUUGGAGAACAGAUCCUCAUUCUUUGGAAGUUUGCCUUACUCCGAAAGCGCAUUCUGAUAUUUUCUCCCCCACCCGUUGGCGUCGUGUGCUACAGAGUGUACUGCUGCUGUUGUCUGGCCAAUGUCUCACUGCCUGGCAUUGGAGGCACAAUCCCUGAGUCGAAGCCUUUCUUCUAUGUCAAUGUGGCUGAUAUUGAGAGCCUGGAGGUAGAGGUGUCCUAUGUAGCCUGCACCACAGAGAAGAUAUUUGAGGAAAAGCGGGAGCUGUACGACGUCUACGUGGAUAACCAGAAUGUAAAGACACACCAUGACCACCUGCAGCCCCUGCUGAAGAUCAACAGCGCUGACAGGGAGAAGUAUCGUCGGCUCAAUGAGCAGAGGCAGAUGCUGCUGUACUCCCAGGAAGUUGAAGGAGACUACAACCCUUGUGAAGAAGACCUCUUUGUGCUGUUUUUCCUAGAGCAAAACAACCGGAUUUUUCAGACUCUGUUGGAGGUGUCUGCCAGUCAAGACAAAACUCUAACAGCAGAGCAUGCCCGAGGCAUGGGACUGGACCCCCAGGGAGACAGAAGCUUUCUGAUGGACCUGCUGGAGGCCUAUGGCAUCGAUGUCAUGCUGGUCAUUGAUAACCCCUGUUGUCCAUAGGAGGAGGACCAGGACUUGGUGGUGAGCUGCUCAUGUGGGGUGACAGGAGCCUGGCGUGCACCCCAGGCCCUCAGCAGCUUCAGUUUAAGUUAACACAAAGGACUGUUUAGACUCUCCAACCCAUGUAAUGUGUGCCAUUUCCUUUCUCCCCUCCGCCCUGGGGCUGAGGUGAGGCCAUCGGGUUUGUAGCCUUUGGUUGGACAUUGGAAUCUACUGUCUUCCACGGCUGCUGCUUUGGGUUUAGUCUUAGGAGUUCCGUCAGUCAGAGGGAGUCAGACUCUGGGAUGAACUGUUCAGAAGAUCUGUAAGUCUUCGCCCUUCGUUGCAUACAAGGAUAUGAUACCUGUGAGUCCUAGUGUGGCCUUAGAUGUGUAUCUGCCUAAAACCAGAAACUAAUCAGAUGACCUUUUAGGGUCACCAAGUUCUAGGGGUCGGGUUGGGAUGACCUACUUGUCACAGGACAAGUCUGCAUCUUCUGGGUUGAUCGGAGUGGGGACCACAGACAAGGAAAGCAGUGUUUCUGACAGAAUGUCAGGGAAAGGUGGAAAGCCAGGAAGAAUCUUUGAAACCCUUUCUAAAGUAAGGUAAUGGUAGCUACACAGCAUAACACCCCCCCAGCCCCUCCUGCGUCUGAAUCCCCUCCGGAUGGGUUGGUGAAUUUUGAAGGUUGGAGCUGGCCCCGGAGCUUAUAUAAGCAAGUUCAUUAGACAUUUGAGUCUCUUUUGAGGGCUGACUAUCUUCUUGGUGUAACAGGUUCGACAGGCAAGGGAAGACAUCGCAAGGUUCUCUGAGAGCUCUCCGGAGGGAUUGUUUGCCGUCCUGAAGCAGAUAUUUCUAGUGAAUUCGAAAACGUAGCCAGGGUCUGAGCUGGUUGACUCAGUUUGGGAUGUGGUGGGAACAGGUCUCUUAACUGGUUUAAAACUCCCACAAACUUAUCUUUAGCAGAGAAAACAUUCCUUAGCCUAAGCAGCUGGAUCCACAGAUCCAACAGAUUUGACAGGGAAAAUAAAAAGUGCCUCCCCUGCCAGGAGAAUAGCUAGAAAUCGCAGACGUACAACCAUGCCCGCUUUGGCCUGGGAUGGAACUUGCAGCCACCCUGUUCGGGUCUCUCGCGACUGCCAGGUUCCUAGAUGAGACACUAGGUGAGAGGCAGGUGUUAACCAUACUAAGAAAGCCAGUUCCAAUGCUAGUCUCCUUAAAGAUUUUGACUCAGAGUUUGCAUUUUCAGUAAUGAUUUCUUCUCCUGUGCUCUUCCUGCCUGCCUCCAUUACAUGUGAACAGCUAGCCAUCCAACAUCCAUGUCGGUAGCCAAAGAGCAGUCAGGCUGAUGUCCGCAGCAGAGAGAACUUCAGAUCACGGGGCUGUGCCUCUUAUCUCAAGUCUAGGUUCUCGCUUAACUCAAGUAUUUUCGCUGUAGUUCCCUGAUUAAAAAUCCGAGAAGGAAGACAUUUGCGUGUGUGGAGAUGCAAAUACACACUGAUGGGUCAGGGUAACAUCUUUUCUGUAAAUAUAUAAAUAAGUUUAGGCAUUGACAUAAACUGUUCAGCUAAUAGGUUUUUCUCCUCUGCAACGUGGGUUUAGCCGUCAUCCCAGUAACACGUCUACAAAAAACAGCUGUGCGCAGUGGCUCAAGUUUCACCUGCUCCUUCCUGUGGCUGACUUCUCCUCGUGCCCCAGGGCCGACUGAACAGGGACCAUCAGAUGCUGAUGAAACAGCACUUCCAGUAAUCUCUGAGAGCCUCAAAGUUGGGCGUAGAUACCCAGCCAGAGAUAGGAAGAGCCCUUCCUGAGACCCUCCCUAGAGCCUUCUGCUUGCCACCACUGUUCCCCUGUGCUGUUGCAAGCUGAUCUAAAGAUAGCAAGGGUGAGAAAGGCUGUCCUUUGUGAAGUUGGGCCCUGUGGACCCUUUUUAACAAAGCAGCUGAUUUCCUGGUCUCUUUGUACCCUGCCCACCCUUGCAGAGGACCAGUGUAUUAGGUGGCCCAGAGGGAUACAACCCCCAGAUGAUGUCAUGUCUUAGGUCAUAGGUUCUGGGCUCAGCUGACCCCAGAGCAGGACUUCUUGUUCAACAUUUCUUUCAAUCCUUUCCUACUCUGCCAGCUUCCUCCUGCAGCCAGAACCUGGAACAGACCUCUGUGUGGCCCAGCAGAUGUAUGUUAGCACCUCUGCAGCCUUUGCCUCCAUUAUCAGCAUCAGAGUACGUCUUAGAAGUGAAUUCCUGUCUGUGUCUCCGUGAGCUCUCACUUCAUCAGACUGAUCCCCCCAGUGGCAGUGAGCGAUGCAGGCCUGCCUUAUGUGCUGUAGGUUCCCCAUACAGCGAAGACGUUUGGGUAGACGGAUACAGGACCCCUCUACUAUGAUGGCACAGAACCUAGCAGCCACAGGAUUUGCUUUUUUUUUUUUUUUUUUUGCCACUUUUGAAAUACUUUCUGAAAACCCAUCUGGUUUUAUUAGGAAGAAAGGAGUGAGUUCAUACCCUUCACAACUUUCUAGGUCUGAUGGUCAGCAGAGUCAGGCUUUUUUUUUUUUUUUUUUAAAUUACCACUGGCCUCUAGGGAACAGGGUUAAAAAUUCAGAUGUGGGUCCUGCCACUCUCCUGGUGGCCCCUACCAGAUCCCUGCCUAAGCUAACAGAGCCCUUCUGGGGAGCACUAAACCCCAUCUGUACCAUGCUAUGAACCAUGUGCCAACCCGGAAGCACUUCCUGACUUGAGUUACUGGCUACUCAGUCAUUCUUAAGUUAGAAGAAAUUCCAAGUGGCCACAAUCCUCAGAGGGACUGGGGUUUUAGAGUUGUGGACAUCCAUAUUAAGUAUAACAAAGGCCUCUUAAAGUGGAUGUUGUCAAUUUCAUUAGCAGAUGGUAGGAAAUAGUUGGCUAGCUGGUGCCUGGCUCAGAACUCUUUCUCCAAAAGGAGUAAAAACUAGCAGAGCUUAUCUCCCCAGAGUCUUCAGAGGAAGGUCAUUGCUUGGUAUUAGCUUCAGCUUUAAACAUGGAGCCUUCCCUAUGCUGGGCGCAGACCCAGGCCAGUGUUGGUGUCCUACCUGGGGCCCAUAUGGUCCCGCCAGUUAGGAGUACAGUGUGACAGGAGGCGUUGGCCUCCCACACUGCCACCUUCCCUGGCUGUGGGAGAGAAGCUGUUUCCAUGGCUGUGACAGAAUAGAAUAGGAACUGGAGACUCACUUACCUUGCUGAAAACCACAAGAAAACCACGGGAAAGGUGAGAGCGGCACUCAGGAGACAAGAGUGUUAAAUGCUUCGUGGGAAGGUUCGCUUACAUACUUACCUGACGUCAGUUAGCUAGGAGAUAAAAGUAAAUUAAGCCAUAGCUCGUGGCUGUCUUCCUUCUGGUGGUGGCAGGCGGUGAACCUGCUCUGUCUUGAGGCACUGAAAGCAUAUGGAUGCAGUGAGAGAGGGAAACGGGACUUUCAGGGAGACUUGCACAGGGUGGUACCCAGUUAGCCUUCUGGUGGCAAACGCUAGCCUCUAGAGACACAGGCACUCAGGAACUGUCCUUUCCCUUAAACUCACAGCAGAGAGUGGAUGGAGGUGUUCUCUCCAGGUUCCGUGUAGUGGUCCUUGGUAAAGAAGGGAUACAGGGUGUGGAUGAAAGGAAUUACAGGAUAAUGACGAGUUUCACAGGGAACUUCCUUACCAUGAGAAGAGUUUGAAAACUGAUGAGAACCUUUGGAGUAAGACCAACAGGCCCUCCAGGGCUGCCGUCUCCCCACCAGACUUGCAGGCAGGUAGGCUAUGAAGAGCUGUCAGCCGUCCUGUCUCCCCCAUGGCUCACAGAUCCACACGUGUGAGAAUCCUGGGGCCUGCGGGCUUUACCUCAGCAGACCUAGUCUCCUCCCUUCUCAUCUCAUGAAAAUCCUUUUCUGAUUCAGGUAGGGGAAGGGGAGAGGCUGAGGGCUCUUUUAUACCCAGCACAUGGGUUUUGACUCUUCCACUUUAUUGCUAGCAUACCUCUGCUCCCAGAAGCGACUGGAGUACUGAGUGUUGUAGGAAAAAGACUGUGAAUUAAGGUAAUGUUUUCCCUAUGAGAAACACAAGUUUAUUUUUAUAUCAGUGUUACUGAGUACUAAAGUGUUGCAAUGGAAAGGAAUUGCAAAGUCAUAAUCUAAGAAGGAACGGGCAGCUUUGUAAUUGGACAGCCAGGGAGGCCCUUAGUGUCACUGUCCAUGACAGUGUACUGAAGCUGAGCAGACUGUGAGAACUUCUUCAGUGGCACUUGUUGGCCUGGGAGGGAUGAGAUGGCCACCAACUUUGGCUGAAGCUCUAGGACAGAAGGGAUAAAUGCAGUCCUUCGGUGACUGCUUCCUCCUGGUCAGGGAGACGGUGGGAAUGGGAGGUGGUUUUCUAGCUGGCACUUUAAUUCACUGAAGCGACUGCAAGUUGGGUGAUGACGCUGUAAAUUUAGAAAAGGAAUAGGAAGUUUCUGGUGCUAUAUAGAGAAAUGAAGAUGGGAUAAAGAAAGCUCUGCUUUUAUCUUUUUAGAACUUAUUCUAGAACCAUGUUGACUUAAAGUCUGAAAGGUUUACAGCAGAGGAUUUAUUUACUUUUGCAGCAGGUUCCUGCUCAGUCUCACGGUGAGUUUAUUUUGCUUCCUGAUGAUACUGGGGCUUAUGGGGGCAGAAUAGGGUUUUAUAAAUUGUGUAUAGACGGAACUUCAAAGUGAAAUACCCAGCAAAUAUAUUUAAUUGAAAUUGUAUCUAGGUAAAUUAAGCAAAGAUAUAUAAAAGUUAGGAAAACUAACAUCAGCCAUCAGCAAUGGGGGAUUCUGGCUGGGCUCCUGAACUGCCAGCAUGGCUGGCUUCUAGGAUUUGGGGAGGAAGUAAACAAAACAAGUUCUUUAUUUGUCCAGAACUUGCUGGCUAAAUUUUUAUAUGUCUGGAAUAUAAUCCUUUCCUGAAGAAAUAGUUGUCACCAAGGAAAUCUGUUUUCCAAUUUUUUUUUCUUUUUAAAACAUUAAGUGUCCCUGUUGCCUUAAAUGUAAAAACCUACUUUGAGUAAUAACCCCAGCCUAAGAGUUAUAGCAAUAAGAGAACCCAAAUCUAUUUUUGUUUCAAGUCUUUACCUCUAUGACAAAGUCAGAAAGAUAAUUGGUAAGUUUUGCUCUGGGUACUACUGCAGACCAAUGUAUCCUUUCUCUGUGUCUUCAACUGUGUGUUAUUUACAGACCUGAGGAGAGCUGGACUUAACCCUGAGGCUAAGUGCAAAUGUUUCUUGAAUUGAUUCUUUCUGUGGUACAAGUAACACCUGUGUAUAUCAUAUCUGUAUAUAUCUGAACCAAGUUAUGUGCAGAAGUUGAUAAUAACUAUAUUUACAAAAACCCCCAAAUUUUUACAAUUAAAGUUCACAUUUUAACAUGA